AUGUCACCAAUUGUAUCACCUAAUUUUGAUGUUCAAUUUAUUCAUGAUAACAUGAGAAUAAAUUAUCGUCGACUCGACGCUCUAUAUACUGCUGCUGUUGCCGCUGCUGCUUCAAGAAGAAAACCAAGAAUAUAUCGACACAAUCAUGAAAUCUCAAUUAGUUUGAGAUAUAUACAUACUCACGAUGAUGAUGAGGUGUGUGUAGCAUUUGAAAAUGAUAUAUGA